CUAUUAAAAUGUACAAUGUCUGAAGGUCUUUGCUCAUGUCUGCAAGUGCUCCGCCAACACACAUAUUCCAGUAGUCAGCUCAGCUGCUUGGGCUGUUCUGCCUGAGUAAUGAGCAAUGAGCAGGAGCAGAGCUGCCUUGGAACAGCUGCUGACGUCACAAAGGUGUCGACUGGCAACAAGCAGUGUGACUGUGGGAGAUGUGUCCUCUUCUGUGUCCGAGCCAGCUAUGUCACCAUCCGCUUCACUUUCAAGUUCAAAGAGGCUUUGUGGAAACAGCAGCACUUUCACAGCCAGGCGGGGAAAUGGGCUGUCAAUGUAACCUCAAGAAUGAGAGCAACAUGACACUCUGAAUAAGAGAACAGAGAAUAGUUACAAUAGACAUCAAUACACAUGGUAAGGGAAGUGUGCAUGUUGCUUGACAUGACUGCAGCCUUACUAUCCAUCGCUGUCAUAGGGGACUGCUCAAAUAGAGCUGACCCCUGCUCAGCCAGUUGCUGUGUUGUUCCACUACUUAUUUAUGUGCAGAGGAUGCACCAUGUUCAAGGAUAAAAAAAGAAAUCCCAAUCAGAGUUUCCUGUGUGCUGGUCAGAAAUUUCUCUUUGUUAUUCUAGGGGUUGGUCUGCUGGAGGGUGGCAAAUGCUGCCCAAAGGAAUGCAGCUGUAAGCAUUUAUUAGUAAAUUGCACUGAUGGACAGCUUGAAGAAUUUCCCACUGGUAUACCAAUGGAUACCAGACAGUUGAUCUUAACUCGCAACAACCUGACUUACCUGCCAUCAGUUGAGCUCAACAUUUUAAUUGACUUAGUGUACCUGGAUUGCAGCCACAAUUUUCUGGGAGAUUCCCUGGAAGCCACCUUUAUUGCUAUGCCAUUAGUUUACUUGGACCUUAGUCACAACAACAUUUCCAAGAUCACUUCAGCCACUUUCUAUCUUUUGACAACUCUGGUUGUAUUAAAGUUAUCAGACAAUCCCAUCUUGGAGGAAAUUGAGAAAGACGCAUUUGCCAACAACACUGGUCUCCGACAGUUGGAUCUUAGCCGAACAGCACUAACUUACUUGGAUGUUACUACAGUCAGCGAACUGCCUAGUCUACGUACACUAGGCCUCAGCUCCAACCCCUGGCACUGCUAUUGCCCUAUGAAAGACUUCCUCAAGUGGGUGACGGAAAGUGACAUUUACUUCACAGAUGAAGAAAAUAUGACAUGCACAACCCCUCUGCAGAUCCACGGGGAGCCGCUCAAAGAUACAGAGAAACAUAUCAACCUAAUGUGUUUCACCAACCUAUAUCAGAGAGACUACAUAUUCCUCAUGUUGGUGGGGUUUGUCAUCUUUGGUUCCGGUACAGUGGUAGCAUGGCUAACUGGUGUCUGUAUUGUGAUCUAUGACCGAUUGUGUGGGAGGACUGAGGAUGACGAGGAUGACGAAGAUGAUGAACCUCCCCCACCCCCAAAACCCAAGAAAAAAGAAGAGGUUUAAGAAUAUGCAGAUAUGUAGAUAUAACUGUGAACUCUGGUAACAUGUGGCUUUAAAUGAAAAACACAGAUUAAAAAAUACUUUUGGUUGUCAUCUCUAACUUUAGAACAAAUUGGAAUCUGAAAAUGUCCCCAUGUUUAAUUGUUAUCAUAAUACUGUAUGUACUAACUAUUUACAAAGCCUGGAAUCACACAUCAUUUAUUAAUGUCCACACAUUUAUAUUGUAAUGUUCCUGAAGCUCUAGCUGUGAAGAUGAGUCACCAUUUAUCCUUUGACUAUAAAGACAUUCUGUAGCAAGAAACAUUAUUCAAUGUUGCAAAGUUAGGCAAGGUUCCAAAUGUUAUAUUUUCUUGCACUAUAAACGGGAUCAGUACGAGAUCCCGCCGUAUGGGAUCCCGGCGGUCGGAAUACCGACACCGGGAUCCCGACCGGCACAAUCCCGACAGGGGGUCAAGCGCAUCGCAGCCCCUUGCGGGCACGGUGCCUCGCUGCACUCGGCACACUAAUUUAUUCUCCCUCUAUGAGUGUUGUGGACACCCACAGAGGGAGAAUAUGUCGGGAUUGUGCCGGUCGGGAGAAUAUGUCGGGAUUGUGUCAGUCGGGAUCCCGGUGUCGGGAUUCCGACCGGCACAAUUCUGACUGUCGGGAUGCCGUCCGGCGGGAUCUUGGCCGCAUCCCCUAUAAACAUUUUGUUAACAGAAGAGAUCAUAAUAACAAUACCAGGCAAAUGGAAAGGCCUCACUAUAUAGAUAAGGUCAUGUUUAACAGCAGUGUUAAAUGGAUGUGUGCUAUUGUGUCACAUAUAGAUACACUUACCAUAGAAAUGCACUGAAGAUCCUUUGCACUGCUGAAAUCUCACAAUAGUUACAUGAAGCAUAAAAACCAAUAGAAACUAACAAUUUUGAGAACCACAUCUUAUACACACUGCAUAUAUCCGUUCAUACUGUAUAGAAGAGUUUACAUUAGACACUACACCAAAAGAAGUGAGCGAUACAAUUUUCUAUGCAGAAUAGAUAACAGAUACAAAAAAUGAUACAGGUCGCUAUUACUUCCCUGUCAAGAUAAAGGCUGGUGGUUGCCACGUAACCCAUCAUAAUGGUAGGUGCCAGUGUGGUAAUGACUAAACGUACAACACCAUUUUAAUAUUCUAUGGAACCUUAAUUGAGUAUAAAUAAGAUUAAAUAUUUACUAAAGUCAACAUUUCUUUUAAAGGAUAAAAGGGGAGAUUUAUCAAAGCAUGGAGAGAGAUAAAGUAGAGAGAUAUAAUGUACCAUCUAAUCAGCUCCUAACUAAUAUUUUUUAAACACAUAUUUUAAAAUGACAGUUAGGAGCUCAUUGGUUGGUGUUUUAUCUCUCUCUAAGCUUUGAUAAAUCUUCCCUCUAGUCACUAUCAAGAAAUUAUAUGAAUUUAUAUAUACAUAUUACCAAGAGUGUAUUUAACCAGUGGUGGAAAAUAGGCAUGCAUCUACAAUACAGAUGCCACUAUCCUAUUUAAGUGUAAUCUACUUUAUAUCACAGAGCUUAUUUCCGACCCAAAUCAUUUUUAUAACCCUCCAUAUUGGGGGUCAUUCCGAGUUGUUUGCUCAUUGCUGAUUUUCGCUAUACUGCGAUUAGUCGCUUACUGCGCAUGCGCAAGGUUCGCAGAGCGCAUGUGCUUAGUUAUUUUACACAAAAGUUAGGUAUUUUACUCACGGCAUAACAAAGCUUUUUCAUCGCUGUGCUGAUCGUAGUGUGAUUGACAGGAAGUGGGUGUUUCUGGGCGGAAACUGGCCGUUUUAUGGGAGUGUGCGGAAAAACGCAGGCGUUCGAGUUGCAAAACGCAGGAGUGGCUGGAGAAACGGGGGAGUGGCUGGGCGAACGCAGGGUGUGUUUGUGACGUCAAACCAGGAACAAAAAGGACUGAGCUGGUCGCAAUGUCUGAGUAAGUCUGGAGCUACUCAGAAACUGCGGGGUAAUCGGUACGAGAAAAUUAGCGAAGCUUUCAUUGGCAAAUCUGCUAUGCUAAGAUACACUCCCUGUAGGCGGCGGCUUAGCAUGUGCAAUGCUGAUAAAAGCAGCUAGCGAGCGAACAACUCGGAAUCAUCCCCAUUGUACCAUAAAUGUACAAGUAAUUACCCUACAUAAAUAUUCUAUCCAUUAAAAUGGUAUAAAUAGCUCUAAAUUAAUUUUAAACUUCAAAUAAAAAUACUCCAUAGAUAGUAUAAUAGGAGCUGUACCCCUUUUGGCUGCAUUAUUGAUGAACCUAAAUUAGCAGCUGCCAAUCGCUAAUGAGUUAACCAUUACCAUAGAGGCAAUCUAAAUGUAAACAUUCACUGAACACUUACUGUAAACAAUAAACACUACAAAUAAAUAUGAUCAGCUCCCUGUAAUAAGUUAUUCAUGUCUGUGUCAGCUGUGCAGUGGGAGCACAUGAGAUGCAUAUCAUGUUUGGCCACAGCUUCAUCAGUCAGAGCCGGGGUACCAACUAUUACAUUAGGGGACUCUGGUACAAGUUCCCAGUUGCACCGAGAUGGAGAAUUACACAAGAUAAAAUAUCUUAUGCAAUUAUUUGAAAAAUCUCAGUAAUGUGGAUAUAAAAAGUGCCAACAUUUAAGUUUGGUCAAUUAAUGUCCCUAAUUACAGUCCGGUGUCUAGGAAUAAACUUAAUGAGAUUUUAUAUUUGAAAAACUUAUAAUGUGCAAAUAGUAUCUACUGCAUGUGUAUAUAUAUAUAUGGUAUGUCUUCCAACAGACAGCUCUCAUGCUGCUGCAGAAAACAAAAAUAUGCAUUCUACUUUAUGUUAUUUAAUUAGUAUAAUAA